UGGAAGAUCAGAGAAGGGGCCAGUAGAUCUGGGAUUUGUCCAGGGGUCUCUGGGUUUAAAGACCUGUGCAACCACUUGAGCUCAUUUUCCCUGUAGCUUGCCGGGGUACAACUUCUUUCUCUGCCCAAGCUGUUAAAAAUCUAAAAUUUCACUCAUCAGAUUCUUUCAGUUGCGAGACAGAUCCAACCCAGCCUUGAGCAAAAAUGGAAGCUAUCAAGAAAAAGAUGCAGAUGCUGAAGUUGGACAAGGAGAAUGCCAUUGACAGAGCAGAGCAGGCUGAGACGGAUAAAAAGGCAGCUGAGGACAAAUGCAAGCAGGUAGAGGAUGAGCUGGUUGCUCUGCAAAAGAAGUUGAAAGGAACUGAAGAUGAGCUGGACAAGUACUCGGAGGCUCUCAAAGAUGCCCAGGAGAAACUGGAGCAGGCUGAGAAGAAGGCCACUGAUGCCGAAGGGGAGGUGGCAGCUCUGAACAGACGCAUCCAGCUCGUGGAAGAGGAGUUGGAUCGUGCCCAGGAACGACUGGCCACAGCCCUGCAGAAACUGGAGGAGGCUGAGAAAGCAGCAGAUGAGAGCGAGAGGGGAAUGAAGGUGAUUGAGAACAGAGCAAUGAAAGAUGAAGAGAAAAUGGAGAUUCAGGAAAUGCAGCUGAAGGAGGCCAAGCACAUUGCCGAGGAAGCCGAUCGCAAAUACGAGGAGGUUGCCCGUAAACUGGUUAUUUUGGAGGGUGAACUGGAACGAGCUGAGGAGCGUGCAGAGGUGUCUGAAGUUAAAUGUAGUGACCUUGAAGAGGAGUUAAAGAACGUCACAAACAACCUGAAGUCUUUGGAAGCUCAAUCUGAAAAGUACUCGGAAAAAGAAGAUAAAUACGAAGAAGAAAUCAAGAUUCUCUCUGACAAGCUGAAAGAAGCUGAAACUCGUGCUGAAUUUGCAGAGAGAACCGUUACCAAACUGGAAAAGUCUAUUGAUGACCUGGAAGAAAAACUUGCCCAAGCCAAAGAGGAGAACCUGGGCCUGCACCAGACACUGGACCAGACGCUAAACGAACUGAACUGUAUAUGAGAGGCAGGGACCUGCCCGUGGCCAAGGAACUGCCCCGUCCCUGCAGCGCUCCUCUCUCCUUCUUUCUCUCUGUAUCCUGGGAAAGCCAAUUAAGUUAUGACCAGCACAGCCACGCCGGAGGCUCUGGGUGUCACUCGGGGACCUUUUUCCCCCAGACCUCCCCAGGGAGCCCCCGUGGAGCCCCUGCGUGCCCCGCCCGUGGCUGCCCCGCACGGUUCAUGACUCCUUUUGUAUAACCUGGUAGAAGCUGUACCCGGCAGUGGCGGCACCGCCCGGCCCUGCCCUUCCAUAUUAAAAAUUUCUCUCGGAA